AUGCAUCAACCUUUAGGUUUUAAGGAUCCAGAGCAUCCGAAUCAUGUGUGCCUUCUACGAAAAUCAUUGUAUGGACUCAAACAAGUUCCUCGAGCAUGGUACAAAUGGUUUGCAGAUUUUGUUUCUUCUAUUGGGUUCUCUCAAAGUAAGUCAGAUAACUCUCUCUUCAUCUAUCGGAAAGAUACUAAUAUGGCCUACAUUCUUUUGUAUGUCGACGACAUCAUUCUUACUGCUUCAUCUGAUACUCUUCUCAAAUUUAUCAUAUCACUUCUCAGUUCUGAAUUUGCUAUGAAAGAUUUGGGGUCCCUUAACUAUUUCUUUCGUAUUGCAGUCACAAGAUACACUGAUGGUCUAUUUUUAUCUCAUAAAAAGUAUGCAGAAGAGAUCAUUGAAUGUGCUGGCAUGUCCUCGUGUAAGCUAUGUCCUACCCUGGUCGACACAAAACCGAAGCUUAGUGGCAAAAGUACCACCCCAUAUAAGGACCAAUCUCUCUACCGCAACCUUGCUGGAGCUCUACAAUAUCUCACAUUUACUAGGCCUACCAUUUCCUAUGCAGUACAACAGAUUUGUUUAUUUAUGCGUAAUUCGAUGGAUGAUCACAUGCAGGCUCUCAGGCGCAUCCUGCGCUAUGUUCAAGGAACUCGUCAGUAUGGACUGCAUCUUUAUCCCUCAUCCACUUCAUCCUUGAUAUCCUACACAGAUGCCGAUUGGGGCGGAUGUUCAGAUACCAGGAGAUCUACUUCUGGUUAUUGUGUAUUUCUUGGUGACAAUCUACACUCGUGGUCUUCCAAACGCCAACCCACAUUAUCUCGCUCUAGUGCUGAAGUCGAAUACCGAAGUGUUGCCAAUGUCGUAUCUGAGUCUUCUUGGUUACGCAACCUACUUUUGGAGUUACAUUGUCCUAUCUACAAGGCUACCAUGGUCUACUGUGACAAUGUUAGUGCGAUAUAUUUAUCUGGGAACCCUGUUCAAUAUCAACGCACUAAACACAUCGAGAUGGAUAUUCACUUCGUUCGUGAAAAAGUGGCUCGUGGACAAGUACGUGUUCUACAUGUCACCUCACGAUAUCAAAUUGUCGAUAUUUUCACGAAAGGUCUUCCCCUAGUACUCUUUCAAGAUUUCAGGGACAAUCUCAGCAUACGCAAGCUCCCCGCUUUGACUACGGGGAUGUGA